UCUCAGAUUUAUUAAAACUUGUUUUUUAAUCGUUUGAAAAUUUCAUGAAACUUACUGUCAAUAUUGUGUUAAUAAAAGUCUAUGAUUUAAUUAUAGUAAGUAGUCUACGUUAAAUAGCAUUUAAAAUGUCUGGUGAAGAUUGUGAAGCACUAGAUAAAGGUGACAAUGAUAGCCAAAAACCAGAUAAGAUGUUUACUCUUAAGAAAUGGAAUGCUGUAGCUAUGUGGAGUUGGGAUGUCGAGUGUGAUACUUGUGCUAUAUGCAGAGUCCAGGUUAUGGAUGCCUGCCUGAGGUGUCAGGGUGAAAGUAAGAAGGAUUCGUAUGGUAAACAAGAUUGUGUCGUCGUAUGGGGAGAGUGCAACCAUAGCUUCCACUUUUGCUGUAUGUCGUUGUGGGUGAAACAAAAUAAUCGCUGCCCGCUUUGUCAGCAAGAGUGGUCCAUUCAGAGAAUGGGCAAAUAAUGGAUCUGUGUGGCACGCAUGUGUUUUGUAAGAAAAAUUAAAAAAAUAAACUGAAAUAUUAUGAA